UUCAUUCGUUGAGGUUGAAAUGCUGUUCGAAAUUUAAUUCUCCGUUAACCUUGUCAACCAUGCCUUUGUGUAGAUUUUUCCAGCAGGGCUACUGCAGAUUCGGAAAUAAUUGUAGAUUUGAACAUUCUGCGCCUCAAUAUACAAAUACAGUCAGUCCUCUUCUAAGGCAAAACACACAACCACCACCCAAUGUCACAGCUCCUAAAAGUAAUCAGGGGAAUAAUGCAUUUCGUACUAACCGAAAGGAUGCGAGAGAUAUUUUUAAUCUUAUUGUGCAAGACGUCAAUGAAGCUGAAAAAGGAGGAGUAUGGCCACUGUCGUCCUAUAACUUUUGGCCGGCAGUAGCUCAUGGUAAUGUUCCUGGUUUGGAAGACCUCUCCCCAGAAGAAAUGAGACAUCUCCAAAUGCAGGCUCAAGCAGCAGGUACAUUGGAUGCUUGUAACCAGCAAAUACAACAAAUGUAUCAGCAAGCAAGGGCCCGCUUUAACACUAUGAAGGUUCAAAGUCCAGAGACACUUGCUGUUAUUGAAUCAAUGACCCGCGGUCCUGCUCAAACUCCUGCUUCUUCUCAGUAUUCCUUUGCCAGUGGAAGUAGUGUCGUUCAGGAUUCUUGGCCAGCGCCAUCAGCCACAAGUGGUGUAGCUUCUGUAUUUGGAGGAUCAACUUCCGGAACAACUGCAAAGUCCAUCUUUGGGGGUUCAACAGGAUCAACAAAUGCAGGCUUUGGUUCUGUGUUUGGUGGAGCAAACAAUCAAAGUUCUUUAUUUGUUGGGACCUCUCAAUUUGGAAAUGCAUCAUCUCCAAAGCCAUCAAUUUUUGGUGGAGGUGCCACCCAGACUCAACCACCAGCAUUUGCUUCCUCCCCAACUCAACCGCCAGCAUUUGCUUCCUCUCCCACUCAACCACCAGCAUUUGCUUCCACUAACCCCAUGUUUGCGGGUGCUGCUCCUUCUCCGUUUGGUGGGGCUCAGCAGCAUUCGUCUAUCUUUGGUGGGGCAUCAGCUGCACAGCAGCCAUCACCAUUUGGAGCAACUCCCACAGUUCAGCAACCUUCUCCAUUUGGUGCUGCACCAGUUGUGGGCCAGAGCGGGGGAAGUAUUUUUGGUGGAUCUGCAUCAGUACCUACACCUAACACAUUUAGUUUUGCCUUACCAAAUGCAUUUGGUAGUUCUGGAGCAAGUGCUGCAACAACAUCCCCUUUUGGCGGAGCAACAACCACAAGCCCCAAUGUGUUUGGGGGUGCAGUUCAAAAUAUUUCUCAACCGACCGGUAGUAUUUUUGGUGGUUCAGGCGCUACUCAAAGCCUAGCAAACCCACCUGUUCAAGAUAGCAACAUUAGUGUAAAUGCAACACUCUAUACUGCUAUAUCUCAACUGACAGAGGCAGAGAAGAGAGAAUUUGACGCUGAAACAUUUACUAUUGGUAAAAUCCCCUGUAGACCACCUCCAAAAGAGUUGUGUUAAUUUUAUACUAUGUAUUUUGUUUAAGAGUUUUGACUAGGCAUAACUGUGAUACAUUAUUCAAGAUAAGUACAUGUAUUACUGGCUGAGAUAAGGAUAAAUACUUUAGAUUCAUUAAAUUGUAGAUAGUUUUGAGA